AUGGACGACCUUUACGACGAGUUUGGGAACUUUAUCGGAGAAGCUCCCGAGUCAGAAGAUGAAUCGCAGAAUCGCGAAGCUGGGCCAUCCUACGUUUACGAUGAAGAUUCAGAAGCGGCGGCGGAGGAAGUCAACGAGCAGCAGUUGAUGGAGCUGGAUGAUGAAGGUCCCUCAAACGCCGUCAUCCUUCAUGAAGACAAGCAAUAUUAUCCCACCGCGGCACAAGUCUAUGGUCCUGAUGUCGAAACUCUGGUAGAAGAGGAGGAUGCGCAACCUCUCAGCCAGCCCAUCAUUGCGCCUGUGGAAAAGAAAAAGUUUGCUGUGCAAGAAGCUGAUCUGCCAGCGGUGACCUACUCACGUGAGUUUAUGACAGAUUUAUUGAGCUUUCCGGAACAGAUACGGAACAUUGCUUUUGCCGGACAUUUACACCAUGGGAAAACUGCUUUCAUGGACAUGCUGGUCAUGCAGACGCAUGAUCUGCAGGAGAGACUGGACAAGAGGGUUGGGAGGAAGAGGGAUGAACAGCUACGAUAUACGGAUACCCACUUCUUGGAAAGAGAACGGGGCUUAUCGAUCAAAGCUGCACCCAUGAGCAUGGUGCUGCAGGGGACAAGAGGGAAGUCACAUCUGUUCAAUAUACUGGAUACACCUGGCCACGUCAAUUUUGUGGAUGAGGUCGCCGCAUCUUUACGGUUGGUCGAUGGAGUGGUCCUGAUUGUGGACGUCGUGGAAGGUGUGCAGAUCAACACGGAGCAGAUCAUCAAGCAUGCAGUCCUCGAAGAUCUACCCAUGACAUUAGUGAUCAAUAAAAUUGAUAGACUGAUAUUGGAGCUCAAGCUCCCACCAAAUGAUGCAUACUUCAAACUGAAACAUGUCGUCGAAGAGGUCAAUACAGUCAUCGAGACCACUCUCCCUGGUCAAGACGAAAAGAGACGACUGAGCCCGGAGAAGGGCAACGUUGCUUUCGCGUGUAGUAGCAUGGCCUGGGUCUUCACUUUGCAAUCAUUUGCCAAAAUGUAUGCCGAGACAUAUCCCAAGGUUGACGCAGCGGAGUUUGCUGCAAGACUAUGGGGGGAUAUCUGGUUCAAUCCCAGGAGUCGGAAAUUCUCACGAAAAGGAAUGGAAGAAGGUUCGAAAAGGACAUUCGUCAAUUUCGUCCUCGAACCGAUCUAUAAGCUCUACUCUCAUACAAUCAGUGAGAGCCCGGAAGAUCUUAAAGCUACACUGGCAACUCUCAACAUAUCAUUAAAACCGUCACAACUAAAGACUGACGCUAAAGUCCUUCUCAAGCUCGUCUGUGAGCAAUUCUUUGGGCCAGCAGAUGGCUUUGUGGACAUGGUUGUCCAGCAUGUUCCAUCGCCCAUAGAGGCUGCUCAGAAGAAGCUCGAUAGAUACUACACUGGUCCGCUUGAUACCAAGAUCGCCACGUCGAUGUCUCAGUGCAACCAAGAUGGCCCACUUGUCAUACACGUGGCUAAACUCUUCUCUACCGUUGAUGCCUCUCGCUUCCAUUCCUUCGGUCGCAUCAUGAGUGGUACUGCUCAUCCGGGCCAGCAGGUCCGUGUUCUGGGAGAGAACUACACCCUUGAAGACGAAGAGGACAUGACUACUGCGACAAUCUCCGACACAUGGCUGGCUUGCUCCAGAUACAACAUCCCUGUUUCUGGUGUGCCAGCCGGCAACUGGGUGCUGUUGUCUGGCAUUGACAAUUCGAUCGUCAAGACUGCCACCAUAUUCCCACUGAAGCUCGACGAGAAUGAAGAUGCCUACAUUUUCUCCCCAAUCCGACACCUGACUACGUCUGUCUUCAAAGUAGCCGUCGAACCAAUAAACCCAUCCGAACUCCCCAAAAUGCUCGACGGCCUCCGCAAGAUCAACAAAUCCUACCCUCUGAUAUCCACCAAAGUCGAGGAGUCGGGCGAACACGUCGUCCUCGGCACUGGCGAGCUCUACAUGGACUGCGUCCUCCACGACCUUCGCCGUCUCUAUGCGGAGAUGGAAAUCAAAGUCUCCGACCCGGUCACCCGGUUCUGUGAGACCGUGGUCGAGACCAGCGCCAUCAUGUGCUACGCCAUCACUCCCAACAAGAAAAACAAAAUCACCAUGAUUGCGGAGCCGCUGGACGACGGCAUCGCCGAGGACAUCGAAGCCGGGCGCGUCAGGAUCAAAGAUCCCGUCCGAAAAGUCGCGCAGUUCUUCGAGCAGAAAUACGAUUGGGAUAAGCUGUCUGCCAGAUCGAUCUGGGCCUUUGGUCCGGACGAACAGGGGCCGAAUAUCCUCGUGGAUGACACCUUACCUUCGAAGAUCGAUAAGAAGUCCCUCCGCACGGUGCAAGAGGGUAUCAAACAGGGUUUCCAGUGGGGGACGCGCGAAGGACCCUUAUGUGAAGAACCGAUCCGAAAUACCAAGUUCCGACUCACGGACGUCAGCCUGGCAGACGAAGCGAUCUUUCGCGGCGGAGGGCAGAUCAUCCCCACCGCACGAAGGGCAGUCUACUCUUCCUUCCUGAUGGCUUCGCCCCGGCUCAUGGAGCCGAUGUACACGUGCGCCAUGACCGGGCCGGCUGACUCGGUGGCAAGUCUCUAUACCGUCCUCUCCCGGCGCCGCGGCCACGUGUUAUCCGACGGCCCCAUCGCAGGCACGCCGCUCUACGCGGUGCGCGGCCUGAUCCCCGUCAUCGACUCCUUUGGCUUCGAGACCGAUCUCCGCAUCCACACCCAGGGCGCGGCCAACGUCAGUCUAGUCUUUGACAAGUGGACCGUCGUUCCGGGCGAUCCGUUGGACAAGAGUGUCAAGUUGAGGCCGUUGGAGAUGGCGAGCGCGAUGGCGACGGCGAGGGAUUUUGUGGUCAAGACCCGGCGGAGGAAGGGGUUGGCGGAGGACGUGGGGGUGGGGAAGUUUUUGGAGCCUGAGCUUUGGAGGGGUUUGAGGGAGAGUGGGGUGUUGGGAGAGUGA